UCGCUCACGCAAUGCCGCUUAGCAUCGAGCUCCUUUCGAGUCGGCACACUGGUUUUACCAGGAGAAACAUGCGACUCUCCACUACCUCUAAAUGUAUGGUCAUCUCCAGGUUCAUCGCGGACCGCCGAACACUCAAAUGCUUACAUGAGCCCUGAUUUAGGAUACCGUCUCUUAUCAACUCGAUCUUGGUGACAAUCUUGUGACGCUUUCUUCAAAUGGACCUGGAGAGUCUAUCAGUGGGUUACUAUAUGUGCCCGAGCUCUCCAAUGAUGCUUGCAAUGAGGAGGCAAAGAGCCUGAUUCCGCCCAAUGUUACCCGACGUUCUGACUUCCCUAAACCCCCGUGUGCGCUCAUGGCAAUCGCUCCUUGGAUAUCGCCGAACUGUACUCUCGCAUUCUUGGAUGCAGCAAACAAUGAUCGUGUAGUUGGUACUGUUCUUUAUAUUCCCAACAACUCAACAAGCAAACUGCCGAUGGGAAAUGGUACUAUAUGGAAGUUGGACGAGGACGAUACCUGGAAGUUGAACCACCCGUUUCCGGUAUAUGCUAUUCCCGGAGCUUAUGGAAAGCAACUAGUAAAUGAAAUCGCCCUAUACUCUGGAAAUUUGUCGUCCGUACCACAUGGAGAUGCACUUAGCAGCGAAUAUGGUCCCAAGGCACGUGCAAGGAUUUUUGCUCGGGUUGAUGUUGGUAAGGGAACUCUGUCGCUUAUGCUCCGAGGUGAAUAUAUUUAUUGACAUCCUUCUAGCGCGAGGCCGGAGUUUGAUGCCAAACUUAUGGAUAUUUCUUCUGGCAGUUCUCGGAGUACUUAUUGUCAUUAUCAUCAUAUCAUCGAUUUUAAUGCGGUACAUCCAAAGACGACGACGUCUGUCAUUGCAGCGCAGGAUUCAGGCAGGGGAGGUGGAUUUGGAGAUGCUGGGCAUCAAAAGAAUGACUGUGCCUCAGCAUAUCCUUGAUAAAAUGCCUCUCUACACUUACUCUAAUGACGGGAAUAUUAUGACUCCUGCACCAGCCGUCACAACAGUCUCACAAAACAUUGACCAAGCACCGUCACCUUCCACCCCAGACAGCAAGAAGCCUGCUGUUAUACGGAGCUUUGUUUCGCACCUGUUUGGUAACUCUCGAGGGUCUACUGCACUUGCGCAAGCCAAAGGAGGAAAAAGAGCAGAUACUCGGACUCAAGCUUUGCCUUCCAAUCAGGGUGUUGGUCAACUCACAUUCUCGCAAUGCACAUGCCCCAUUUGUCUCGAAGAUUAUGUCUCUGGAGAAACUACUGUUCGGGAACUCCCAUGCCGACACAUAUUCCAUCCCGGGUGUAUUGAUACGUUCCUACUGCAAAAUAGCAGUUUAUGUCCGGUGUGCAAGAUCAGUGUCCUUCCAGUUGGAUAUUUUCCGGAAACGGUAACAAACUUGAUGGUUCGUCAAGAACGACUUGCUAGAAGAAUACAAGAAGAACGGGAGCGACAACGAACCAAUCCGAGGACUAAUACACCAAUUAUUCCGCUAAUAAACCUUCCACAAAACUUGCGCAAUAAUACAGCAGAUAGUACAGAGCGGCAAGAGGCAAUGCGUCAAAGAGCAGUUGCUAUGCUUGGUAACGAGAGGAUGGCCGAAGAUGAAGAGCGAGAACGAGCUGCUGCCAGGCCAAAAUGUACGAGCUUAAGUUUCCAUUCCUAUCAUGCGGUAUUCCCCUUCUUCCUCAUCCUGUCAGUAUCUAACUUUCUUGAUUAGGGCUUAAAGUUGUACACCGAUUAUUCCCCAUUCUCCGAUAAGACUGCAUUACUAUUCCAUUACCCCGACAUUUUAUACCAGGAAUUUUUC